GUGCUUCUGCAAUGUUUUAUUUUGACUGCAUGUCUGAACUUUAGAGCAGUUUAACAUAUCUAAGUAUUUCGGGAUUCUCAGUUUAUCUAAUUCCCCUGCUCUUCGAGAGAAAGUCACCAUCCCAAUCAUCUGAUGCGGACUACCAGCCUCUCCCAAUGGACGGACAACUCCUCCCCAGUUCAAAAUCACCGUCUCAACUUUCUCGUCAGGAGACGGCUGAUCUCGCAAAGGUUUUCUGCAUUCUGUGGUUCCUAGCAUGCUGGACCUUCAAUUCCUCGUUGCAAUUCACUUCGGUCGCCAGUUGCUCUAUCCUUGCUUCAACAAGCGGACUCAUUACCCUAAUCGUUGGACGGAUCUUCAAUGUGGAGACUUUUUCCUUCACUCGACUCGGUACAGUGAUUGCCUGCUUUAUUGGAGUUACAUUGGUCUCCCUAUCUGACUCUGGGCCCUCGCUUUCACCAAACACAGCCUCGACCUUAUCCUCGUCCACAGUCCCCAGCGGACGCAACCCCAUCUUGGGUGACUUCCUGGCAUUCUUGUCGACAGUCUUCUAUGCACUCUACGUGACUCUGAUCAAGGUUCGGGUUGGUGACGAGUCUCGCAUCAACAUGAGAUUAUUCUUCGGAUACGUUGGUAUCUACAAUCUCGUAACCCUCUGGAUUUUGGGUAUCAUACUUCAUUUAAUGGGCAUUGAGCCGUUCGCACUGCCGGAGACGAGACGACAAUGGUGUGCUAUCGUUACAAAUACCAUCAUUAACGUAUUAGCCGACUUCCUUUACGUGAUAGCCUUGCUGAAGACCACCCCGCUGAUCGUCACUGUCGGAUUAAGUCCUCACAGGACCGUUCGCCUUGCUUGGGGAUUUCAUUUUCACUAGGGUCAACACACGAGGGCAGGUCAUACUUGGCUCAUCGAUCAUUGUGAGUAGUUUUGUCAUUCUGGGGAUGGAGGAUGCUAUGAAGGCGAGGCGGAAGGGGUUAGGUGAAAACGUUCCGCACGUCGAGGAUGGGGCAUUAGAUGCAUUGCAGAGAUAGAAUGUUAAUAUUCUAAUUCCC